UACAACAGAGCACAGCGGCGGCGGACCUAUCUCCACUUUUAGCUCCAUUAAAAAUGCUAAAAUAAUGGGAUUUCUCUGUGAGUGCUCUCGGGUCUACCUCUAAAAAUGGACUUAGGUGUAUUACUGACAGGUUAGCAGUUUCGGUUAGCAUACUUUUUUGUGUUUGCUGGUGCGUAAUUUCUUUCCGUCGCUAGCAGAAUGCUGAAGAGACAAGGAAUGGCUUUCAUGAACGCUGGCUUGGAUAAAGGGACAUUUUCUGCACUAAGAAAAUAACUCAAAAGAGACAGUUUGAGCUGCGGCUUUGUGAGAAGUUUCCUCUCGGUGGGACGGGUGUUGGCAGCCGGUUUCGGGCACAGACAGACAGACACCCCGAGGAGACUGUCGGCUGUCUGGCUCCAGUCGUGGCCUGGCACUCCCAGCUUAUCCGCUAGCAUCGGGAUCACAAGCGACAAGAAUACAGCCAAGACAGCAAGGGGGGGCACUUCUUUUGUUUAUAUCCGUGGCUCUGGAUAUUCAUAAACAUUUAUACAGGAUAAGGAAUUCAAUAUCCUGCAGACGGUGUCUUCCAAAACAAUGGCGUCCUAUGUGGAUAACAGCUUUCGGCAGGCUGUGAUGAUGAAUCCGGCUGAAAGGACGCAACAGGACCUGGAGAUCGUCUACUCGUAUCUCCACGGGAUGGAGGCCUUGUCCAACCUGCGGGAGCACCAGCUGAGGAUAAUGUGUGAGACGGUGCGCUAUGAGAGACAUGAGGCCAAUGAAGUGCUAUACUACCCUGACGACGUCGGGAGCUGCUGGUACAUCCUGCUGUCCGGCUCCGUCUUCAUCAAGGAGUCCAUGUUCCUGCCCAGAAGCAGUUUUGGGAAGCGAUCAGCAGGCAGCCUGCGACGUGGAUGUGAGUGCAUCGUCCUGGAACCCUCAGAGAUGAUUGUGGUGGACUAUAUGGAUGAAAAUGAGGAGUACUUUCAGCGACAAGCCUCGCACAGACAGUCCCGUCGGCGCUUCCGGAAGAUCAACCAGAAAGGGGAGCGGCAGACGAUCAUCGACACCGUGGAUCCGUAUCCCACCGGGAAGCCGCCCAUAGCCCGGGGGUAUCACACGCUCCCCGCAGACUUCAGCAGACUUCACCUGGUCGACGGCUUGCACCCACAGGUGACCCGCGUGUCCUCCAGCCACUCAGGAUGUAGUAUCACCAGCGACUCUGGAAGCAGCAGCCUGUCAGACAUUUAUCAGGCCACAGAAAACGAACAAGGCGACAUGGACCUCAGCGGCUUGCCAGAGACCGCUGUGGACUCCGAGGAAGACGACGAUGAGGAGGACAUCGAGCGAGCGUCGGACCCCCUCAUGAGCAGGGACAUCGUGCGGGACUGUCUGGAGAAAGACCCCAUGGACAGAACUGACGAUGACAUAGAGCAAUUACUGGAGUUCAUGCAUCAGCUGCCAGCGUUCGCCAACAUGACGAUGUCAGUGAGGAGGGAGCUGUGCGCCGUCAUGGUGUUCGCUGUGGUGGAGCGCGCCGGCACCAUCGUUCUCAAUGAUGGAGAGGAGCUGGACUCGUGGUCGGUGAUCCUGAACGGCUCGGUGGAGGUGACGUACCCCGAGGGCCGCACAGAGAUCCUGUGUAUGGGGAACAGCUUCGGGGUGUCACCCACCAUGGAGAAGGAGUACAUGAAGGGUGUGAUGAAGACCAAGGUGGACGACUGCCAGUUUGUGUGCAUAGCCCAGCAGGACUACUGCUGCAUCCUCAACCAGGUGGAGAAGAACAUGCAGAAGGUGGAGGAGGAAGGGGAGAUCGUCAUGGUGAAGGAGCACCGCGAGCUGGACCGAACCGGCACCAGGAAAGGACACAUCGUCAUCAAGGGCACAUCGGAGCGUCUCACCAUGCACCUGGUGGAGGAACACUCGGUAGUGGACCCCACCUACAUCGAGGACUUCCUGUUGACCUACAGGACCUUUCUCUCCAGCCCCAUGGUCGUGGGCAGGAAGCUCCUGGAGUGGUUCCACGACCCCAGCCUCAGGGACAAGGUUACACGGGUAGUCUUGCUGUGGGUAAACAAUCACUUCAAUGACUUUGAGGGUGACCUUGCCAUGACUCAAUUUCUGGAAGAGUUUGAAAACAAUCUGGAGAAAGAAAAAAUGUGUGGGCACCUCAGACUGUUAAACAUAGCGUGUGCUGCUAAAGCCAAGCCGCGGCUGGUGACGCUGACCAAGCCGUCCAGGGACUCUCCGCUGGCCUUCACCCUCCUCGGAGGUCAGGAGAAAGGUUUCCGCGUCUUCAUCGAUGCCGUGGAGCCCGGGAGCAAAGCAGCAGAAGUUGGCCUUAAGCGUGGAGAUCAGAUCUUGGAGGUGAACGGGCAAAACUUCGAGAACGUGCAGCUCAACAAAGCCAACGAGAUUCUGAAGAACAACACACACUUGUCCAUAACUGUGAAAACAAACCUUUUAGUUUUUAAAGAUCUGCUUACCAGGAGGAACACGAGAGAAAGAACGGAGCGCCCCCACCUCCCAAAGAUCGGAGACAUCAAGAAGGCGAGCCGCUACUCCAUCCCCGACCUGGCGGUGGACGUGGAGCAGGUGAUGGGCCUGGAGAAGGUCAGCAAGAAGGCCAAGUCCAACUCUGUGGGAGGACGCAACAAAGCUGAAGAAGAUCUUCGACAAACACUCACCAGCAUCCUGCCGCCUAAACCAUACAAUGACGUUUGCGUGGGCCAAUCGCAGGACGACAGCAUCGUGGGGAUGAAGCAGUCCAAACAGAUCACUGCAGCUCUGCCCGUCAGCGGAAACCUCUCGUCGUCAAACCCCGACCUGCUGCAGUCUCACCACCGCAUCCUCGACUUCAACAACCAGCCUGAUAUGUCAGAUCAGGUGUUGCGAGUCUUCAAGGCGGACCAGCAGUCCCGGUACAUCAUGAUCGGGAAGGACACCACGGCGAAGGAGGUGGUGGCUCAGGCCAUCAGGGAGUUCGCUCUGACAGCAGCUCCUGAAGCGUACUCGCUGUGUGAAGUGUCCGUCACUCCGGAGGGCGUCAUCAAACAGAGGAGGCUACCUGACCAGCUCUCCAAACUGGCCGACAGGAUUCAACUGAGCGGCAGAUACUACCUGAAGAGCAACAUGGAGACGGAGACGUUGUGUUCGGACGACGACGCUCAGGAUCUCCUGCGGGAGGGCCAGAUCUCUCUGCUGCAGCUCAGCACGGUGGAGGUGUCCACGCAGCUCUCCAUGAGGGCCUUCGAGCUGUUCUGCGCCAUCGAGCCCACCGAGUACAUCGACGACCUCUACAAGCUGCGCUCCAAGACGGGCUCGUUCAGCCUGAAGCGCUUCGAGGAGGCCAUCAACCACGAGACCUUCUGGGUGGCCACGGAGGUGACGCGCGAACCCAACCAGCUGAAGAGGAUGAAGAACGUGAAGCACUUCAUCAAGAUCGCCCUGCACUGCCGCGAGUGCAAGAACUUCAACUCCAUGUUCGCCAUCAUCAGUGGUCUUAACCUGGCUCCAGUCUCCAGGCUGAGGGGAACGUGGGAGAAGCUGCCCAGUAAGUACGAGAAGCUGUUCAGCGACCUGCAGGACCUCUUCGACCCCUCCAGGAACAUGGCCAAGUACAGGAACGUGCUGAACAAUCAGAACCUGCAGCCGCCAAUCAUCCCCCUGUUCCCCGUCAUCAAGAAGGACCUCACCUUCCUGCACGAAGGCAACGACUCCAAAGUGGACGGCCUGGUGAACUUUGAGAAGCUGAGGAUGAUCGCCAAAGAAAUUCGCCAUGUGGGUCGCAUGGCCUCCGUCAACAUGGACCCAGCCCUCAUGUUCCGCACAAGGAAGAAGAAAUGGAGGAGUUUAGGGUCUCUAAGCCAGGGUAGUGCCAAUGCGGCGGUGCUGGACGUCACGCAGACCGGCGGGCACAAGAAGAGGGUGAGACGCAGCUCCUUCCUGAACGCCAAAAAGCUUUACGAGGACGCGCAGAUGGCCAGGAAGGUCAAACAGUACCUGUCCAACCUCAGCCUGGAGACCAACGAGGAGAGUCUGCAGACGCUCUCCAUGCAGUGCGAGCCCUCCAUCAGCACACUGCCCAAGAACGCCGGUGGGAAACGACCAGAUACUUCCCCGGUGGUGUCCCGAGCGGCCAGCCAACAGAGGGGCCAGCUGGCCAAGGGGGGCCAGGCCCUGCAGGUCCCCGCCGUGGCCCUCUACCCAUCCCGGAAGAAAGUGCCAGUCAAGGAUCUGCCGCCUUUUGGCACCAGCUCCCCUCAGUCUCUGAAGAAGAUCCUGUCUCUGUCGGAGGAGGGGAACGAAAGGCACCGGAGGCAGCCAGAGGACACCGUGUCCAACGCCUCCUCCCAGCUCUCCUCCCCUCCCACCUCCCCACAAAGCUCGCCCAAGAAGGGCUACAACGCCUACUCGGACUCCGGUCACAGUGAGAUCUCCUCUCGCUCCAGCCUCGUCAGUAACUCCUCCUUCGACAUGGCGCAGGACGAGAGGAGGCUCCGUCACUCUGGAGUCGGGGAAUCCAACAUCGUGGGACAGCGGCUGGAACGAAGGGCGACAACCGACCCCGACCAGUACAGCCUCGGGUCAUAUUCAUCGAUGCAGGACUGUCGGGGCAUUUACUCCGGCUGCCCCACGGUGCUCUCCUCCCCCAGCUCAGAGGAGCUGACCCAGGAUCAGGGCGAUCGAGUCUCCCUGGACGCUGCAGACAGCGGGCGUGGCUCCUGGACGUCCUGCUCCUCGGGUUCCCACGACAACAUCCAGACCAUGCAGCAGGGCCGCAGCUGGGAGACUCUGGCCUUCGGUGGGGGCGGAGGAGGGGGGCUGCCUCCUGGAGGUCCGGAGGCCCUGUUAGGGGGGCACGCUGCUCUGUGGGCCGCCCAGGCCAGGGGCAGCUGGGCUUCCGCUAGCUCCUCCUCCUCCUCAGCUGCGUACUGGGGGGAGGACUCUGAGGGAGACACCGGCACCAUCAAGAGGAGGGGGGGGAAGGACGUGAACGCCGACGCAGAGACGAGCAGCAUCACCUCCACCGGCUCAGAGGAGGCCAAGCACCUGGGCCGGCCCUCCCCGUCACCCAUCACCACCGGGGGGAAGGGACUGCUGACACGGAAAGAGAGUCGUUACCGCGAGCCCCCCCCGACCCCCCCCGGCUACACGGCCCUCACCAUCUCCGACCUGGCUGACGGGCAGCACCCCCCCCCAGCUGUCCCCGCGUCCACGGCUCCGCACACAGGCCGCCGGCCCCCGGACUACUCCACGGCUCUGCAGCGCUCGCGCAUGGUCACCCAGUCGCCCGACUCCCACCAGGCCCAGCAGGGGGCCAAGCAGCGGGCGGGGGGCCUCCACCGCACACGCUCACCGGCCGAGGAGCAAGAGGCUCAGGAGGAAGAGGAGGAGGAUGAACAGGUGUCAGCGGUCUGAGGGACAGCGGACGUCCUUCUGCAGUAAACUGAAGUCCCCCUGGUUUUGGGGUGGGGGGGCAGGAUUUAAGAGACUGACAGACCAAUGGACUAUUCAUCAUCAGUUACGUACGUGCCUGCCUCCUCCACUCGGCUCUCCCUCCUGAUUGGUGGAUUCCUCUGCUCGUCUCCCUCCCCUGCCUUAAAGCAUCAUCGGGGGUUGACUGACCCUGCAUGCAAAAAAUACUGUGAAGAAGAGAAGGAGAGAAAAGGACGAGGACAAAACGCCUGGCACUUUGGAUAAAAAGACUACAGAAAUAAAACUGGUGCUGGGAGGAGGGGUCGACCUGCCCCCCCCCCCACACACACACACACACACAAACACACACACACAGAUGUUGCUGUGGGAGAGAGACAAACACAACACAACAGCAUCAUGACGUGUCGAACUUAAUCUGCACUUUGUCAUUUUCUACUUUCGGAGAAACAGAACAAAUAAAAACAAAGCAGACUUGAGGAAACACCUUCCCGUUAGAUUUCAUUUCCUUUUUUUGUGUUAUUUUCUCGGACUGAUUGCACUCUUGGCGGCCGAAAAAAUUUGAAACUGAGUUGGCCCAGGACUGAAACAACCCAUCUUACGAGUGUUUUGAACUCUGCAUCAAGUAUUAUCACAUGUGAAAGCUUAUCAAGUGUUGGUUUGUAAAUCAAAGCUGGGAGGAGAGCCUGGUAAAGAAGAGCCAACAUGCACAGUGUACUGACAAACACACACACACACACAUACACACAUUUUUAAAAACAGCACUUUCAGCACAAUCCUAGAUGUUACCAGACAUUUGGCCCGAGUGAAUCAUAUCUGCGGAGCUCCUUUUGGUCGUAUCAAAGUCUUUUCCCUCAUCCUGUUGCUUGCUCCAGAGUAUAAUGUUUUCUGUGGGUGAUAUCAAAAAGCACAGAGGACAUUGAACCCCCCCACGGAAAGAUGAGCGGACAUGUUGGACUCCAUCAGAGGAGAGAAUGAUGAUUUAACCCUGGAGGUUUUGCCCAAAUGAAAUGGAGCCUGGAAGAAAGUGAAUCAAAACUGUGAGCCGUUAGCGAGCGCUCACUGACUUUAAGAAAAGUUGCCUCUCCUUCCUUUAUUUUGGCAUUAAGGGAUCACACAUCAGCAUAUUUCAGAAGCUGCCAACGUGUACAAUUGUGAGUGUACCUCUUAACUAUCUACCUUGUUACAGAUGAUCUUGUACAGAGUCUUAUAACACACCCUUUGAGAAAAGAAUAUCCACAAAUUUGGCUUUUUUUCUUCUUCUCCCUGAACAUAAUGCCACAUUUUGUGAAUGUCCAAAGCGCCUUACGAUGCCAUGAUUGCAUACAUUUCUUUGCAUGGUCGUUCCCAUCAUCACCUUGUUUCAGGAGCAGUCUUGAAUCAAGCAAUAGUGGAGUGAAAUGCCUUAUUCAAGAUACAACCCAAUUCAAGAGACUUUUUGUGAAGACUCAGUACAAGAUGAAGCCAAGCAUUUUGUUUCCGUGUUGUUCUCCGCGUGGCUUCAGACUGUGGACACCUCUCCCUCUGCGGUCCCUUCAGAAACUCAUCCUCAGAAUCUCCUCUCCGUUACAUCGGCUCAGUGGACGCUGUAUGUAAAUCACAUUUCCUGCAUCCAGUUUUCCACUUUUGGAAGUGACUGAUUUUUUUUAAUUUUUUUGACUCCGGUGAGGAAGUUGACAUAUGAAGAAAACUUUUUUCAAGGCUGCCAAUCAGAACGAUCGUGAAUCCAGUUGUGAAAAGUACCGUUGUGUUUUCUUCCACACUGAGUCGCGCUGAUCACAUUGAUCAGUCUCGGAAACUACAGACUGAGAAAAAGAUGAAUGAGUGUUUCCCACUGUGGUCUGUGACUAUACACUAAUGAUUUCCUGGGUUUCCCUUUUUUGUUAUCGUAAUUCUUUUUGUAAUGGCUGCAGAUAGAUUGUUAAUAAUUUGUUUGUAAUACAGUGGUGACAUGCAUCAUUCACUUUCAUCGAACUCUGAAGAUAAUGUGCAUAUUAGCGGGGCCGAGGCCUAUUUCUAAAAACUAAAAGUUGCACAAAAAUGUACAAGCGUAAAGAUAAGUGUAGUAGGUAGAACUGCUACUCCGUUUGGUGUGUGAUGUCAGUGAGAAAUGUACAUUUAGCUGGUGAUGACCUUCUUUUCUUCAUUCUUUCUUGUACUACUUUGACCUGUAUGUCUUUUAAAAAGACAAUUGGUGGAGUACGUAUCAGUUGUUUUUGUAUUUUUAAUACAAUAAUUGUAAAUAUUGGUUAUAUUUUUGUUCAAAUGUACUAUGUUUAUGCCUCAACAUCCAGUUUAUAUGAAGCUGGGAAUCAAUAAAUACUGCAUAAAGAAUCAACACAUAGGUUUAAAUGCACUUAUUCAUUUCUUCUGCAUUUCGAUGUCUUUCUUUUUCCAAUUCCUUUCUUUCCUUCAGAGGAUUUCUCCCCGGAUACCGUCUAGUGUUUGCACAAGUCAUGGAAGCAACUUGAAAAGUGUAACUCUCAUACUUUUCUAUCUGACCGCAGUGUGUCAGAAUUAAUAAAAAAGAGAUAUUGAAGUCUUCUCUCGCUUUUA